UUAAUCAGUUUGCUUUUGAAUUUCGAACAAUUGUGAUUUAGCGGCGUGACUUGGUGUUUUUGUAAUCCGUGCGCAAAUUUUUGAUUAAAUAAAAAAUUAGGCUAUAGAAUGUUGAAGUUUUUGCAAAUUUUUGGCAUUCUUGCCAUUAUUGCAAUUUCUGUGGAAACAAAGAAACCACAAAAAAAACAAAGUACUUUAUCUGAUGUCUUAUUAAGAGCAAUGGAAGAAAAACACGUGGCUGCAGAUCUUCAACGCGAAAAUGAAUUAGCGGCAAGAUUAGCUGAAAGUAGAAAUGAAUUGAGAAGCCCUGUUUAUGAUUUUGAUCCCUGUGAAAAAAUGCAUUGCGGUGCUGGACGAAUUUGUCAAUCAAAUGGUGAUACUGCUGAAUGUAUAUGUAUACCAGACUGUCCGCAAGAGAUUGAUUUGCGUCGACAUGUUUGUACAAAUAAAAAUGAAACUUGGCCAUCAGAUUGUGCAGUUUAUAGAGAAAAAUGCUUAUGUGAUACCAAUCAUCAUCUUUGUAAAAGUUCUCAAUAUCGACACAUUCAUAUUGAAUACUAUGGCGUUUGUAAAGAAUUACCUGAAUGUACUAAAGACGAAAUGUUAGAUUUUCCAAGGAGAAUGCGUGAUUGGCUUUUCAAUGUUAUGCGCGAUUUAGCUGAACGUGAUGAAUUAAAUGAGUAUUAUAUGAAAAUGGAAUUAGAAGCUGAAACAAAUUUAACAAGACGUUGGUCAAAUGCUGCAGUUUGGAAAUGGUGUGAUUUAGAUGGUGAUUCAGAUCGUUCUGUAUCAAGACACGAACUUUUCCCCAUUCGUGCACCAUUAAUUAGUUUGGAACAUUGCAUAUCACCAUUUUUAGAUUCAUGUGAUCAAAAUAAUGAUCAUAGAAUUACUUUACAAGAAUGGGGCAAAUGUUUGGAACUCGAUGAAGCUGAUAUGGUUGAAAAAUGUUAUCAACUUAGAGAAGUACAUCCCAAUUUAGGGUGAAAAAAUCAUUAUUUUGAAAACGUUUUUUUAUUUUUUAAAUAAAUUACCUAUAAGGUGCUUUAAAUAAUGUGUAACAAUUCAAAUGAGAAAUUUCUUUUUAUAAAAAUAAAAACCAAAAAUUGUAUAAAAUACUAAUUAAAAUAAAUAGAAAUAGAUUGCUAUUAAA